AGCGGGACGCGGUGCCGGGCAGGGCGGGCGGCUCGUCCCCAGCGCGGGGCGGCGGCUGACAGGCGCGGGCGGCGGCUGCGCCCUGGCAGCGGCAGCAGCAGCAGCAGCAGCAGCAGCAGCAGCAGCAGCAGCGGUCCAUGGAGCCCAGCUAGGGGCUCCCGCACCCUCCACCGGCGGCCGGAGGCCAAAUUAUGUCUGUGCAGAUGCUUCUGGCAGCACGGAGCCACUGCGGGUCCUGGUGACAGCAAUGUAAACUUGGAGCCUGCGGAGCCUCACGAGCCCUGCAAAAUGGAGGAGCUGUACAAGGAUGCCCAAAACCUGCCCAUGGAUGUUACCAGCUCACCUUCCACGCUCGCCAACAACAAACUCGAAAACGGGGUCGCGCAGCUGAUAACGGCAGAGGCCUGGAACAUCAACUCGACGGACCUGAUGAAGAAGGCGCUUUCCCCGCUGGUGACGGUGCCGGCUCCGUCCAUCCUCACGCCGCCGGCCGAGUCGCAGAGCGGGGUGGCGCUCAAGGUGGCUGCCACCGUGCUGCAGCCCAUCUGCCUGGGGGACAGCCCCGUGGUGCUGCCCAUUCACCUGCAGGUCGCCGGCAGUGCCACGCCGCAGCUGGCGCCCAACGGCAGCACGCCCUACGUCAUGACCACCCAAGGCCCCGUCCCGCUGCCCGUCCUCCUGGAGCAGCACGUCUUUCAGCAUUUGAAUUCGCCCCUGGUGCUGCCGCCGGGCGCUCCCUGCGCCGCCAACCCUCUCCAUGGCAAUCUCUUCCAGGGCUCCUCCACCCCCGUCGGGCAGCCCCAGCUCCUGGAUCCGAAGCCUUCCAGCCAAGCCCCGGAGCCCGUCCUGCCACCUGUGUUUCAGACGCCUGGCUUCGCCGCCGUCCUGCAGGAUCUAUUUCCUUCGCAGGGCACCCUGGGCUCUGCCCCCUGCCAGCCGCCCCCCGACUACGCAUCCCUCCCGCCCCAGGCCUUCAGCUCGCCACUGUCGCCGCUGGUCCCGCCGGCCACUCUGCUGGUGCCGUACCCCGUGAUCGUGCCCCUGCCCGUCCCGGUGCCCAUCCCCAUCCCCAUCCCCAUCCCAGUGCCUCACAGUGCCGAAGCCAAGGUGGCCCCGGACUACCCCAAACCGCCGCUCUUCACCCCACAUUCCUGCAAAGGCACCCAGACCCCCCUGGAGAAAGAGGAAUCGAAGCCCUUCGACUUCAUCCACCAGCGUGAGUUUUCCCAGCUCAAUCGCCACACGGUCAUCAAGAUGAGCAACGAGAACGAGGCCCUGGACCUCUCCAUGAAGACGGCGCCCCUGCUCAAGGCCAGCGAGGCCAGCCUGCCGGUGCCGCCGGAAGACGGGGCGUUGGACCUGUCGUUGGCGUCGUGCCGCAAGAUGGGCAGUAGCGGGGGCCACGCUGAAGCAGCCGGUGCCAUCUGCUCUGGCUCCAUGCUGGACAGUGCCGUGCUGGACAAGCUCUCCAGUGUGACAACCCCCUUCACCUCUUCCAAACCACAUGAAACCUCAGCCAAGGUCGACGGCAGGAUCAUGGGUAACAGCUCAGCCGAGCUCCUGCGACAGCAGCAGAAGUGGCUGGUGGACCAGGCGGGCCGAACAGCCUGCGAGCCAAAGGCCGGCAAUAAUAUUGAGAUAGUAAGCACGUCACAGACAGCCAAAGUGAUAGUGUCCGUCAAAGAUGCUGUGCCCACUAUUUUCUGUGGCAAGAUCAAAGGCCUCUCGGGAGUCUCCACUAAAAACUUUUCCUUCAAAAGGGACAUGCCCCAGGACUCUGUGCUGCAGUGUUAUGACGUGAAGAACCAGCCGGAGCCUAGGGAUAAUGCAGAAGCUCUUAGGAAACCCGUAAAAAACAGGAGUGUAAAGUUAAAGAAAAUGAACUCGCCAGAAAUACAUAUUCUUCCAAUCAAAAAGCAACGGCUUGCUGCCUUUUUUCCAAGAAAGUAAAUUAUGGGUUUUUAGAAUUUUAAGAUUAUUAUGAAAAAAAAUAAUAAAAAGAUGCACUUGGUUUUAAACUCAUUUAAAACUUUAAACUAUCUUUGUAAGUUAUUUUUGGGGGAAGGGGGAGAGGAUCAGAUGUAGAUUCCUUAUAAGCUGGGCUUUUUUUCUUUUUUUUUGUUAUCGAAUUUUGACUUUUCAUGAAAAACUGAAUAAAAAGCAACCUAUUUUUCAAGCAGAUUGCACAUUUUGCAGCUUUAAUGGAAUAAUGGAUGCGUCCGAAGGGUAAGAGCUAUUUUCACUGCCAUAAAGUGCUUUGAUGAUGUAAUUCUUCAUAAUGGUUAGAAUGGAAAUUUCGAAAUAAAUGUUUGUAUGUGCUCAUUGGUUGCGGCAUUUUUGUCAUUUCUGAAUUGUUUUCAUUAUAUGGAAAAGGUUUGGCAAAAGUCUGUAAACUGUAAAGCACUACAACUGAUUUGUGAUGAUCCUAAAAUGUUAAGAUCACCAGGCUAAGAAAAAUUAUAUUGUCCAAUAGCACUAUCAGAGAGCGCUGCUGAACCGCCAGUAACGAUGUGCCUAAGCCAGCAUCUGUAAAAGUUGAGAGUCAGCAAGCAGUACAGCCCAGGGCACAGCUAAUGCCAGUUGCGUUACUAGAGACACAUAUGAAACAGUUUUAAAAUAUUAAGUAAUAUUAGCAAUUAUUUCCAAAAGAAAAACCCUAAAAGUCAGGGGAAUUCGGUGGCCCCGGGGGAGGAGGGGGGAGGGAGGAAAAAAAAUCGCAUAAUUUUUCCCAGCCUGACUAUAGAUAAAUGGAGAAGUUGUUCAUUGUUAGUUUUAUAAUUUUCUUUGAUGGCUGAAAACAGUGCACAUAAAAGAGUAGAACUAUGUAACUAUUACUUGACAGUGUACAAGCCACCCACAUAAAUGGAGAAAUGUGAAUGUAUACUUAAAAUAAAAGUUCUGGUAGGUA